AGGACACUCUAGGGCCGAAAGCGACAAAUGGCUUCACGUCAGCGGCCCCCCGGGCGUCGUUAUAACGAAGAUCAGAAGGAAGACCUCGACGAGUGGUCUGACACACACUUGCUUAGUUGCUGCUUGGUGAUACCUGCAUACAGCCAUGAACGACAGGCUCGUGACAAUCGUUGGGAGUGCCGCGGUGGCAUAUCUGCUGUACAAGAUCGUCUUCCGCGCAUCUUCGCAACUCGCGGCUAUCCCGACGAUCGGAUAUAGCAAUCCAAUCCUAUCCUACAUCGACGCCGUUCGAUUCUUGCGCAAGGAUAAGGACCGUCUUGCCGAGGGAUAUGCAAAGCACAAAGGCGGCUUCUUCAAGAUCGCACUAUGGGAUAGGUGGCUGGUGUUGGCCAGCGGUUCGGCGGCGGAAGAGAUGCGCCGCUUGCCGGACGAUACUAUGUCCUUCAUGGACUUUAUCACCGAUUUCCUUGCCACCAAGUACAUCUUCGCCAAGGAGAUUACGGAGAACCAGUACCACCUCCACCUUAUCCCGGUGAAGCUGACAAAGAAUCUGGCAGCUUUAUUCAGCGAUGUCCGCGAAGAGGUGCUACUGGGCUUCCAACAACUCGUGCCGGAUAAAGGCGACGAAUGGGCAGUACUUCCCGCAAUGGAAACCAUCAGAACAAUUGUGUGCCGCGCCAGCAACAGGAUAUUUGUCGGACAUCCGUUGUGCAGGGAUAUCGAGUGGCAAAAUCUUAAUAUGCAGUUCGCCAUGGAGAAUCAAGUAGCCCAACAACGGGCGAUAUUGAUUCCGAACUUCCUUAAGCCAAUCCUUGCCCCCUUACUGCUCAACGUUAAUAAGGCCGUGAAGGAUGCCUCCCGCGAUCUAGGCCCCAUCGUAGAGGAGCGAAGACGUCAAUAUGAUCAGUACGGCAUUGAUUACCCCGAUAAACCGAAUGACUUCGUGACGUGGAUGAUGGACGUGGCCGAGGGUCCGAAUCGUCAGGUUGAAGAUCUCGUAACCAGAGUCCUGAAUCUGAACUUUGCAGGCUCGUAUAUCUCCUUCUCCUCCUCCUUCUCCUACUUCAAUACGAUGACGCACGCACUAUAUUCAUUGGCAGCAAAUCCGGAGCUAUGGCUGCAGCCUCUUCGCGAAGAGGUCGAGCGCGUGGUCGCUGAAGAUGGGUGGACGAAGGUUGCCAUGACCAAGAUGCACAAGGUCGACAGCUUCAUCAAAGAGUCAAGCCGGAUAAACUCCUUGAGCGGAAUCAGCCUCAUGCGUCUAGCACUGAAGGAUCAUACAUUCUCGGACGGCACUCUCAUUCCCAAAGGAACUUCUUUGGCGGCGCCCGCCAUAGCCACACACGAGGAUGAAGCCAACUACGACGAUCCUUUGAGCUUCAACCCAUGGCGCUUUUCGGACGUAAGGGGGAGCGAGGGUGAAAUUGCCAAGCACCAGUUCGUCAACACAAAUCCAGGGUUCCUUACCUUCGGACACGGCAAGCACGCAUGUCCCGGUCGAUUCUUCGCCGCGAAUGAGCUCAAGCUGAUGCUCGCGCACCUUGUGGUCAACUACGACGUGCAACUCGAGAACAGUUCUCACAUACGCCCACCCAACGUCUAUUUCGCCGCCAACUGCCUAGCCAAUCCAACGGCCAAGGUUUGCUUCCGCAAGAGACAGAAUGAUGUCGGGGCUUUCCAUGAUGACAAUUGAGGUUGUCUUACAAUACAUCUUCCGCGAGAUCUUCUAGGAAGAUUGUCCUUAGCGCUACAUGUACACAUUGCGAGGAAUCUGUAGUUGUUGUUAUAAUUAGACCU